AAAUGAAACGUCGUCAUUCUUUAUCAAACCGUCAAACACGAUACAGUAAUGGUCAAUUAAAUGAAUUUUGUACAAAUGGAUCAAACUAUUUAUCGUCGGAACAAGUUAUUAAACAACGCUCACAUUCAGCGCCACCAGAUUAUCAAGAAGAAGCAUUUUCUCAGAAACAAAAAGUUAAGGAAUUAUCUAAAGAGCAAAGUAGAAGGGGUGCCGCUCGAAGAGAAAGACGGAAAAGUAGAAGAAUUCAACUCAGGAAUGAACAGAAAGCAUGGCUUAAAUAUUCUGUUGCUGGCCUAACACCGAUUGAAGGUACUCGUUUCAUUGCUUUCAAGACUCCCUUACAUCCGUAUUUCUUCGCUUCGGAAGUGACAGAGAGACACCGUUUUGACGUUGAUGCGAUCGUUAAUCAUAUAGCCUCACAAAAUAAAACGCUUGGUCUAGUGAUUGAUCUCACUGACACAAAUCGUUAUUAUGAUCCUACUAGAUGGAUAAAACACAAGUUAAACUGUCCUGGACAUCAGGUGAAUCGCAGUGAAUUUUUCUUUGAGACAUUCCAUCAACUAAUCAAAAAUUUUAUUGCUCAAAAUGUUGAUAAUGACAAACUUAUUGGAGUCCACUGCACACAUGGAUUGAACAGAACUGGUUACUUGAUUUGCCGAUAUUUAAUACAAGAGGACAAUUGGAGUGCUACACAAGCAAUUGAAAGCUUUGGAUCUGCAAGAGGUUACCCUAUAGAACGAGGUGCGUAUAUACAAUCCUUGUACAAGAUUGAGAAGAUGAUGAAUCCCGACUGAUUGUGAUGAGGUUGAUUUGAUUUGUCAUUUUUUAAACUUAAGGCUUAUUCGAAACUUAUUAUCCUACUUUUGUGGCAUUUGUUUGUUUAUUUUUAAUAUUGAUAAAAAUAAAACAGUGGAAAUUUUC